UUUUUGAUGUGGGCAUCCAGCUGAUCGCUCCCGCCGCCCGAUCGAUCCGCCGAGAACUCACCAGCAACGAUGGCCGGGAAGCCACAACACUCAGCUUUCGCGCCAGCCUGCUCCAUCCGGCACUCUCUCCUCGCCGUCGCUGUCCUAGCCCUGAUCUGUUUCGCCCUCCUCUCCCUCAGAUCGCUCCGCUCCCCUCCCCAAUUUUCCUCCCCUAAGAUGGCCGUGGCCGAAGUUUCCCGCGAUCUGGCGAGCCCGGGAUUGUCUUCUUCCUCGAUCUACCACUCCCCGGAGGUCUUCUUCAAAAGCUACGCCGAGAUGGAGGGAAAAUUGAAGGUGUUCAUUUACCCAGAUGGGGAUCCGAAUACGUACUUCCAGACGCCGAGGAAACUGACCGGCAAGUACGCCAGCGAGGGCUACUUCUUUCAGAAUAUCAGGGAAAGCCGGUUCCGUACGGAGGAUCCGGAUCAGGCAGACUUGUUCUUCGUACCCAUAUCGUGCCAUAAGAUGAGGGGAAAGGGAACAUCCUAUGAAAAUAUGACCAUGAUAGUACAAAAUUAUGUUGAAAGCUUGAUCGGUAAAUAUCCAUAUUGGAAUAGAACCUUGGGUGCAGAUCACUUUUUUGUAACUUGUCAUGAUGUUGGUGUGAGGGCAUUCGAAGGACUUCAAAUGGUUAUAAAAAAUUCAAUUCGGGUUGUUUGUUCACCAAGCUAUGAUGUUGGAUACAUUCCGCACAAGGAUGUUGCUCUUCCUCAAGUACUGCAGCCAUUUGCUCUGCCAUCAGGAGGAAAUGAUAUUGAGAACAGGACCAUACUUGGAUUUUGGGCAGGUCAUAGAAACUCAAAAAUAAGAGUAAUAUUAGCUCGUGUUUGGGAGAAUGACACAGAACUUGCCAUCAGCAAUAAUCGCAUAAGCAGAGCUAUCGGAGAGUUAGUCUAUCAGAAGCGGUUCUACAGGACAAAGUUCUGCAUAUGUCCAGGUGGUUCUCAAGUGAACAGUGCUCGCAUAGCAGACUCCAUUCACUAUGGAUGUAUUCCAGUAAUUUUGUCCAAUUACUAUGACCUGCCGUUUAAUGACAUCCUUGACUGGCAGAAGUUCUCUGUUAUACUCAAGGAGAGUGAUAUCUAUCAACUAAAGUCUAUUCUGAAGUCUAUACCUCAUGAAAAGUUCAUUGAGUUGCAUAAGCACUUAGUUGAGGUUCAGAAGCACUUUGAAUGGCACUCACCUCCAGUACCUUAUGAUGCAUUCCACAUGGUAAUGUAUGAGCUUUGGCUCCGACACUAUGUCAUCAAGUACUGAGUGAGACCAACUUCAUGGACCAUAUAUUUGAUUUCACUUAUGACCAAACUGUGAAAUGAUCCAAAAGAUGCCCCGAACUCUGGUUUAGAUAGCUACGGAAGGUCUGCGAGAGCGUGUUCAGCUUUUGCUCAUCCAUCCCAUGCAAGUGGAUUAACCAAUAUUCAAUCAUAUGGAAGUCUGAACAGAGAAGGCGGCAAUUCUACAGGUUCAGAACUUGCUUCUUGAGCACCUUUUGUGUUCAGUUAAACAUUGAUAAUUUGGCUCGAGUGACAGAUGAGUGUGGCAGAAAGUAGGAAGAAAUCUGACCUCAGAGGUAGGUAGCUCCUUUCUUUUACUGGUGCUGCCUGGCAUCUGAUCGGGCAAUUUAAAGGGCACUCUCUAUGUUUUCCUCAGUAUUUUUGUUUUAUUAUGGCUUCCUCGAUAAUGCUAGUUCCACUUUUUGUAUCUUCAUUAUAUUUGCUUAGAUUAUAUUAGUCUUGGGUUGUGCGUUGUAAUCCCAUCUGUUUUUGUACUAGCCUUUAAACAGAUGGGAGAUGACAAAACUAUCACUGGUGGAAAUAGGUUUUCUUAUUUAUUCCAUUAAAUCUUGUAUUACCCUUUUUGCCUUUUUGGCUGGAUACAGGAUGUCCUUUUUCUGCCUUAAGCAGGAGGCUUUAAAAUUGCUUCAGGGGGCAACACUGAUCCGCUACUACGAUGUAUGGUUGAUCACAUUGUUUCAAACAGGUUGGCCACAGUCAACAAAGAAUUUGUGUGAGAGCUUUCUACCGCAACCUUUUCUGCUGAGAGCAUUUAA